UAAACUGUCAGAAAAAGAGGAUGAAAAUUACACAAAAUUUGUUCAGAAAAAUGCUUUAAUUUCCUAAAUAGAAUGGUCUUCAUAAGCCGUGGACGCGGUAGAGGAGGAAACAGAGGCCGUGGUCGAGGUGUUGGAGAAGUUUCAUUUGAAUCUCGAAGCGCACAUGGCCAUCCAGUUGGACGGGAUUCGAGACAGGCACCUGAAUCCUUGCGUAUUACUGUUGGAAAUGACCAGUUCAGAGACAGAAAUGAUGGCAACAUCAGUGGUAGACUGAGCCCUUCUGUAAGUCAAAGACUGGGACCUCCAAAGGAAAGUUAUGAUCAUGGGCAAGAGGCAGGUUAUAGAAGAGAAGAUGAAAUGUAUAGACAUGAGGCAGAUUUGUAUGGACGCCCAGAGAAAGAUAGAUUUGAACAGGAAAGAGAGCAUGAUAGGCGAGAUUCUUACAGCAGAGACCCAUAUGCUAGACCGGAAGAAAGAGAAUAUGGGGACAGGCGAGGUCUAGGAGGUGGGGGUUAUGAACAGCCUCCUGCAGAUUAUCGCCCUCAGCCCUCACAGCCUUUGUUCCCAUCAGCUUCAAGGCCCUCUCCACAAAGAGGCUAUCCACCACCUCAGCCAGCAGCACCUUCCCCAGCUCAGACUAGUACAUCUUCAAGACCACUAAAAUCUAUUCUAAAGAAAAAACCGGAUCCAGUUCCAGAAGAAAAACUGCCAGGAAAACCGUCGGGACUUCCUGGUAUAGCCAACUAUAUGGAUGAUAUAGAAGAUGAAGACAAGUUCCUUUAUGGUGGUGAUGAUGAUAGAAGGAAUAGUGGUGAAAGAGACAGAAGAGAAAGUGGGCAGUAUAGGCAACAGCCACAUGGGGUUCCAAUUGAAGAUAUGAGAGCUACAAAUAUAAGAUCUGCUGCUCAGUCAUGGCAGCCUUCAGCCCCAGAGAAAACUGUAUCAGGUGUCAUAUCAGAUUUUGUUAACGCUCAGCGUGAAUAUGUGGACAGUUCGAAGCCUCAGCAAUAUGGAGGUGGAGAUCCCUACCAUUCACAGCCAGUGCAGUCUGCAGGUCCAGUCGCAGAUAGUGGUGGAAAUGAUUUAUGGAGUAUGCUUGCUAAAAGUGUUCAGACAGUUCAGCAGCAACAGCCCCAACCAAACCAGUUUGAACCCCAACUAGGAAGUUACCAGCCUCCAUUUAGUGCACAGACUGCUCAGCCAUCUUACCCUGCACAGCCUGUACAAGAGGCCCAAGAGCCUGCAGCAGCGCAUGAUCCUACUAUAGAAAACAUCUUGAAAUCCAUAGGUUUUGACUUCGAAAUGUCUAAAAGAAUGCAAGAAAAAGCCAAACAAACUAGUGGAGAAGUUGUACCACAAGCUGCCAAACCUGGAGAUCCAAAGUUCAUUAAUCAAACUGCUUCUUUCAUUGGAAGUCAAAUGUCCCAUGAAGAAAUGGUAUCUACGCUCGGAGCUCUUCAGCGUGAAAGAGAGGCCCAAGCCAGCAUUGUUGAAAGACAGUCUGAAUUGAACCGGGAUAACUAUAGGGAAAGGGAAAGAGACAUGUUUAAUGAAAGAGAUAUGAGAGGCAGUAGUGAGGCUUCCAGAGGGAGAAUAAACAGUCCUCCAAGGAGAAUGAGCUCUCCACCCCGAAGAAUAGACUCUCCACCAAGAAGGAUGAAUUCUCCACCAAGGAGAAUGAACUCUCCACAAAGGAGAAUGAACUCUCCACCAAGGAGAUUGAGCAGUCCUCCAAGGGGGCAGUCACCAGAGAAACUCCAAAGGGGGUGUUCACCUGUUAGCGCUGAGGGGUCGCCACCACCUCCUAUGUUUAAUCUACCCCCUAUUACUAUCAAAAGAAGGCAGAACCUUGAUCGCAGUAGAAGUCCUGGAUGGGACAAGAAAAGAAGUUUAAGUAGGAGCCCUACAAGAGAUUCUGAUAGAAGUCGAAAUAGACCUAGAAGUAGAAGUCCUAGCUGGAAUCGUAGCUUACCGAGUCAUGGAAGAAAGCAAAGUAGAUCUCCAGUGAGAAAACAAACAUUAAGUCCAGUAUCUCCAAUGUCCCAAGGAGAACAUAGAAGUCCAGGUGGUAGGAAAAGUCCUGUUAUUAAACGAACAUUUAAUUUGGAUGAUUUGAGUCCUGCAUUUAGGCGCAGGGUUAGUCCAAGUGCUAGGAAGAGAAGUAUCAGUCCAGGUAGAAGGAGAAGUCAAGGCAGGAGGAGUUCUAGUAGGAGAAGAAGUAUAAGUCCCGGUAGAAGACGAAGUAUAAGUCCUGGUAGAAGGCGAAGUAGGAGUCCUUUCAGAAGGAGAAGUCCUAUGGGGAGAAGAAGUAGUAGGAGCCCUGGUCGUAGAAGAAGUAGAAGUCCAAGAAGGCGAAGUCCAAGUCCUAGAGGUAGGAGAAGAAGUGUUAGUCCAAGAGGUAGAAAAAGGGGUCCUUCAUCAAGAAGCAGAAGUAGAGAAAGGAAAAUAAGGAGAAGCACUAGUAGGGAUAGAUCUUUUAGAGGUAGUCCAGGUAGGAGUCGACGAAGUUCAAGUCGAGACAGAAGUAGGAGACGAAGUAGGAGCCGGAGCAGAGAUCGUAGCAGAAGUCCUAGAAAGGCCAGUAGAAGUUUAUCAAUAUCCUCUGAUUCAGAUAUUGAUGGCCCAGCCAAUAAACGAUACUUUUCUUCUCCAUUAAGGUUACCCCGUGGUGAGAAGCAAAAUAUACCAAGAUACUAUGAUUACCCUCCCCCUCAGGGACCACCUCCUGAUUUCAAUGUCCCACCUUUCCUAGGUUUUGGUCCUGGUCCAGGCCCUCCACCUGGUACCUUCCCUCCAGGUUCACAGCCAGGAAUGGUGCCGGUAGGUCCUCCUGGUCCACCAAUGUUCACUGUGCCCCCGCCUGGUAUGGGACCACCAAUGGGCCCUCCACAAGGUUUCCCUUUUCCUCCACCAGGUGCACCUCCAGGCACUGUCUAUGCAAUGCCUGGCCCUCCCAAUUUAAGCCAGCCCCCUCCAAUUACCCCAGAGCCUGAUAUGGCACCUCCUGGGACAAUUGAGAUGCCUUUGAACAUACCAGUUCGAUCAAACCUUACUGAGAUAGUUAGUGAAGACUCAAAAGAUAAGCUUAAGAAAGAAUCAGAGCGCCCAAUAGAAGAGAAAAGGUCAAGAAGUAGGGAGAGACGAGAUAGAUCAAGAAGUAGGGAUAGACGAGACAGAUCACGAAGUAGAGAAAGAAGUAAAGAUAAAAGAGACGAAAGAAAAAGUGAAAAAUCUGGAUCAAGUAGUAAUAGAACUGUACUGCCACCAAAACCGAGACCAAAGGCAGAAGAUAUAGAAAUAAAGGCGAGUACAACAUCGAAUGAAAGAGUUAUUGUGAUAGGUGGAAAGACUACAAAGCUAUCUUCAUACUCCUCAAAGGAGGAGAAGAAGGAAGAUCCUGAAAAAGAGAAAACUAAAAUAUUGAAAGAAAAGGAAAGUAUGGUGACUAAAAUCAAAGCAUUAGAAACUGAAUUUAAUAAUUUGAAAAAGCAAGAGUUUGACUUAAGAAAAAGAAGUGGAAAGGAUAGCAAACCAGACCCAAUUUUAAUUGAGAAUAAAAAGCUGUUGGAAGAAAUAAAGAAAGAGAUUGUGAAAUUAAACAAACAAAAGAAUGACUUUGAGAGUAGACAUUCGGCUUUGUUAAAAAGAGAACAGACCACAAAGAGAGAGAUAAAGGUUACAGCAAAGAAAAUUCCGUCAAAAGAUGAAAAGGCGAAAGCAGGAGAUAAGAAAGAAAAAGAAGAGUUUAAGGUAGAGAAGGGCAAGCUGAUGAAACAUUAUUUCCAUGAUGUCGGCGACCACUGGUGUAAAGCAUGUAACUCUCUACAUCCAAACAUUCAGGACUAUAUGCAUCAUCUAGCCAGCUACAAACAUAAACAGACUCUACCAAGUGAUUUCCGACCUUGGAUGGACGGCUAUAAAGCUAAUGAUGGGAUGAUAAUAAACAAGAAAGGAAUUAGAGUGCCAUUACCAGGAAUUGAAUUCAUGAUGCCAGUGACGGCGUACUAUUGCCAACUGUGUAAGGUGUUUCUCGGUGAUGUUUCAUUUGGUGCGGACCACUUCAAGUGUGAAAGUCAUUACAUUAAUUACAAGAAAUACCUUGUUGAGAAUCCUAUCUAUGAGAAAAAGUUCAAAGAGGAGAGAGACAAAGUCUUAAAUGCAAACAAAGCUUCAAAGAAACAAGAGCAGGAUAAAAAAGAGCAAAAAACAAAGGAGCAGACAAAACAGAAAAACACUGACAAAGAUGCAAGAGUAAGGGCAAAUGAGAAAAAAUGGAACAAAAGUGUAGAUGAUUUGGACGAUGUCAGUUCUGGAUCUAAAACGCAAGAUAGAAACAAGAGUCAGAUAAAACUAAGUCUAAAAGACCAGAAUCAGAAGAGUGAGACUGGUGAGAAAGGAUUUGGGAAGUUUAAUUGGAACAAAGACAAAAAAAGUGAAGAGCAAAAAAAUGGUGAGAAAACGCCAGAAGCUAAUCAGGAGAAAGGGAAGAUUAACUUCAAUAUUAGUCUGAGUGGUAAAACGUUAGUGGGUAAAACUGGUGCCCAGAAGAAAAAUCCUUUGUUACCACCAUGGCAGCCAGUAGGGAAGAAGACUGAGACACAAGGAAAACCUGGUGAAGCAGCAAAUUUGGACCAAUUUCUUACAACAAACUCUGGUGAAGGAAAAAUACCUGUUAUAACUGAAAAGAAAAAAAUAAGUGCAAAAGAAAUCCUUGAAGCUUUUAGUGGAAAAUACAAAGACAAAGAAGUACCUACUGUUCUUAAUGAAGCAGAUCAAGCAAAAGCAACUGUUAAGAAAACUGAAGACAAAGCAAAUGCUACUGAGAAGAAAAAUCAAACUGUGAAAACAAAACAAGAAAUCAAAGAGGAGAAAGAUAAGACAAUGAUGGGAAUUGAUCCAGAAAGUGAAGUUCCCUUGGCAGAGAAGAUACCACCACCACCAGUAUCACAAAAUGUUCCUCUCCCUGAUCAAAAACCUAGUGCAACUGUUGAUGAAACUGAUGUACAUAAAGUUUUCAAUUCAGAAACGACAGAUGAAAAUGAAAAACCUGUAUUGGAAACAGUAACUGUUUCAGAAAUAGCUCUUCCUUCUUCUGUUAAGGAUGAAAAAAUCCUGAGACCAGAGCCAGAAAAGGAGACAGAAUAUGCAAAAGAAAAAUCUCCAGAAAAAAUAGUAGAGCCAGGAGAGUCUAAAGCAACUGAAGUAAAAAGUGAUGUUGUUGAGCAAAAGGCAGACUUAACAGCUGAAACCGUUAGUAGUCUAGAGUCAGAUAAAGUGAUUAAAGUUAAGUCAGAUUCUACAAGUGAACUUGAAACAGAGCAAAAAGAACCAAAGGUAGAAAAUGAUGUUGAAAUGAAGGAAGAGAAAAAGGAACAUAAAGCUGAAACUCUUGAAACAGAAACUGUUACUAAAGUAGAAAAUACUGAAACUUUUGCAACAGAAACUGUCACUGAACUAAAAACUGUUGAAGAAGUUAAGGAAUCUGUACCAAUGGAAAUUGAAGAUGAAAAGAAACAACAGCCUGAUUCAGAAAAUGUUGAAUGUAAGAAUGAAAGUGUAAUUGAUGAUAUUGAUGAAAAAGCUUCAGAAAAAAGAUUAAUUGAGGAUGACAGCAGCAAAAUGGAAGCAAAGACUGAUGAUUCAGACACUGAAAUAGAUGAGCCCGUAAGCCCUGUUCCAACAACUAGAGGGAGAGGUCGUGGACGUGGGAAGAAAAGGGGAGGAGGUAGAGGACGUGGACGUGGUAAAGCUAAAGCAACACCUGCAAGGUCCACCAGAUCAACACGAUCAACAAAAGCUGAAAUAGUCCCUGAAGAAACUGUGGAGCCGGAGAGAACCUAUAGUGAUUUUGAUAAAGUUGAUAAUAGUGAAACUAUUGAUAAUAAUAAAACUAAUAAAGAUUUAGAAUUAAAUUCUAGUGUUCAGGUUGCUAAAACUACAGGUGGUAAGAAUAAGAAAUCCUCCAGUCCAAGGACCAGGAAAACAUCAAUAAAAUCUGACACUGCAAAGGCGGACCUUGAAGAAGCAUCGGACAAGGAGGAUGCCCAGAGUGAGACAAGUGGAGUGAGUAUGCACAUGGACAGUGACUUUGAGGUUGUUGAUGACCUUGAAGAUAUGGAAGUGUUGGACGAAGCCUCGUAAAACAAUUAGAUCAUCGGGGGAAAAACACACAGACUGCUUUUGAUUUUAUAACUUUUUCAUUGAAAUGUGUUAAAGAAUGAAUAAAGUCUUAAGUAAUUAAUCCAUUGCAUACGUUUAUAAAACAUACAGUUUUAGAAUGCUGUGUUUAAGUUUUAAUUUGCAAGUGUGAGAAUUCUAUUUGACGGGAGCAAAACAGAAGAUGCGAAGGAGAUAAUUGAGAGAAUAUUGAGAUCAGAAAUAUUGACUCAAAUACUGAUGUGCUAUAUUCAACUUACAUUAUAAUUUGUAGUAACAGAUUUAUAACAAAGUUUCAGGCAAGUGAUUUUAAUCUUUCAAUGCCCGGCUGAAAAAGAAAUUAAAAAGUAAAACCUUUCGAUGAUUAUUUUUAUGAAAUGCUUCGAAAUUUCAUACUCUGAGAUAAAUACUCAAUGGCAUAACUCGGAAAUUGUGUUUAGAAAGGACUUGUGUGUUUUAUACAUGUGAAAUGUGUUGUAUAUUUAACUGUACCCCUGGUUUUAUAUCCGGUUUUCCAAAUCUAAAUCUAGCAUUGAAGGAAAGACUUCGGGAGAGGAGUUGUGAAAACAGGAGAUGUUUUCUAUAUUUGCUGACGAAGAAGUAUAUCACACUGCCGCUGUGACUGCAAUGUCAUGUUUUGUCAAAAUUCUUCGGAGCUUUGCAAAGUAGCAUUUUGUACAGAUUCCGAAAAUUUUUCAUGAAAAAUAAACUGUUGUGAAUUCUUAUUGACUUUGUUGGUAAAAUAUAUAUGAAGAAUGGGGAAAAAUACAUGUAAUAUUUAAAAAAAACUUUUUAUGUUAAGAUAUACAUUUCAGGGGUUUAAUAUUUCUUCAUACAAUACAUGUAUACAUUUCUGUAUAAUAUAUAAUUGAUUGCUUGUCUAAAUGACAUCUUAGUGGAUGUACAUGUAUUUCUCCUUUUAUUUGAAAAUGCAUGUUUAAAAACCUGCCUUUUUAGUAAGCUUUUCAGUAUCAUCAAAGUUAUUAUUUUUCGUGAAAAAAUCGCCAUAGUAAAUAAUGGUGGAGUGAAAGUUUAGGAAGUAAAAUAGGAAUCGUCAUAAAAAUCACAAUAAAAGAAUAUUUUAAUGUUUAUAUAUAAAUAAAGAAAAUGAUCAAAAAAAUAGCAAGUGCUUGAAUUGCGGAAGAUGUUGUAUACCUAGGAAUUUGUGUGUUGCCUUGGAAAUGGAGGGAAACUAGUGGACUGACGAUCUCUCCGAUUGACAGCGUUUCAUGUGGAGAUGGGAGACCAGGGGAUUAAUCGACACUAGAAUGGACAUGAAGUUUUGUGAAAAAGCUGUUUGUGUUGUAUGAUUAAUGAUUUAGUUGUGGUUGUUUUGUCUAACUUGAUUCAGUAUGUUUUCAAAACAUCUACUGUGUUCUCUGUUUGGCUUACUUGUAGAAAUUAUACCUAUAAAAUAUUGUAUUGUCAUUUGAACUUCGGUAUACAUUUAGUGCAAAGUAGCCAUGUGACCUAUAAUUGUGUCUGUGUGACAUUAAACCCAACAGAACAAAUACAUCUAGUGCCUUGUGUAUUAAGAUUUAAGCAGAAAUUUGGAUUUAAGUUCAAACAUAAUACAUUUUCAAUUUUGAGCAUCUCUCUCUUCCAAUAUUUGGUGAAUCAAACCUCCUGUGUGUUUGUUUAGGAUUUUAGACUGAUCAUUGCUUUUAUUGAAAUAUAUAGUGGCUGCUUAAUCUAAAAGGGAGGUUUAGAACACAGUAGAUACUUACAUUAAUGAAAUAAUUGAAUUUUAUGUAUUUCAUGUGUUGCAAUUUUAUAUUGUUUAGAAUGUUCACUUGUUAACAAUUUCAUGACAGUUUUACAUUGAUUUAUGGCAUGCUUUUAACUUUGGGGAAAACCUGAAGUAAUAAAAACAUGGGAAAUAACAUUGAAAUACAUGGGAAAUAAUUCCUGGAUUGGUUUAAACCUGCAGUAAUACUGGGUAGAUAGAAAGUGCAAAUAAUUGGUGCUUUUAGUGUAGCAUUUUUGUGUCUCUCUUUUAAAGUGGGAUGUGAUGUGAAGAUUUUAGUUACUGUUGUUUCGGGCUUUAAACAGAUUGCAACCAAUGGGGGAAUGGAUACUUUUCAUAUUUCAGGAUUUCCAUUAUUUGAUAUCACCUACAUGCUGUUUCUUGUUGAUAGCCCUUAUAUAUAGUGACACAAAUUUCAAAAAGUAAAUAAAACUGUUUAAAAGUAAAAUAUUGUAACUGCAAAAUAAUUCUUGUUCAGAGAACUGUUUCUGGGAAAAAAGUAUCAUUUCAGCCUUUUUUGAGGGCAUGUUGAAAAAGAGGUAAAGAUUAAGUACUACAUAACAUUAAUGGGAUAAAAAAAAAUUUACAGGAAAAUAUGUUUUGGUUUAAAGUUUUCUUCAUAUAUUUGUUGUAAAUCAUGGUGAAUUAUUUGUAAGGCUGUUAAUAUUUUGUAGUUUAGAAUAAAAUCUAGUGUUAAAUGUG